AUGGAGGCUGGGACUCUUUUGACCCUCCUGAUGGUUCUGUCGAGCGCCAGGGCGAGCGACAACGGGCGCUCGGAGCGCACGCACCAGGUCCACACGUCUCAGUGCGGUGAGUACAGUAACCAGGUGAUGAAGGAUGGAACGUGCAAACUGGUGGCCACGCUGCCCCAGCUGGACGACCAGCGCUGCCCUGACGUGUUCCGCUGCACGGACGAGGUCUCCUACUGGCUCCACGAGAACGAAGAGCGCAAGCAGCAGAUCCUGGCGCUGCACGAGACCAUCUCUGAACUGCAGGAGGAGCUGCGCAACCAUCGGCACAGAGUUAAAGUCCUCGAGCUGCAGAGUGAAGAAAAGCUCCGUGUGAACUCGUCUCAGGAGCAUCGCUUCCGUGAGCUGGAGGGUCAGUAUGCUGAGGCCACCAUGCUGCUGCACGUCCAGGGCUCGCUCAUCUCCGACCUGCAGGCUCAGAUCCAUAACCUCUCCGUGCUGGUGGAGAAAGUGCGCCGAAACCCCGGCUGCAUGAUCAACAUCGUCCGUACCAGCCCGCUGCUGAGCACCCGGCACGCCCUGCAUCCUGAGAUGCAGCAUGUUAGAAACUGCCCCAUUGACUGCGCUUCGAUCUACUACAACGGCGUGCGGCGGUCCGGCAUCUACACCGUGGUACCCUCGUUAGGAGCCAUGCCCGUGGAGGUUUACUGCGACAUGGACAUGGACGGUGGCGGAUGGACCGUGAUUCAGCGCCGGCAGGACGGCUCGGUGAAAUUUGACCGCAGCUGGAAGGAGUAUAAAAACGGUUUCGGAGACCUGCGCACUGAGUACUGGCUCGGGAAUCGGCACAUCCACGACCUGUCCACUCAGGGAGAUUACACGCUGCGUAUAGACAUGGAGGAUUGGAGCGGCAAACGCAAACAUGCUCUUUACCAGAGCUUCAGGAUUGAGGAUGAGGCGGCCCAGUACAGGCUUCACGUCUCUGGAUUUAGCGGUACAGUUGAAGACUCGUUCAGCUGGUAUCACGAUAAGCAGGACUUCAGCACACCUGAUACAGGAAACAUCUGUGCUGAGAUCUCACACGCAGGCUGGUGGUACAACCAGUGUUUCUAUGCUAACCUGAACGGCGUCUACCACAUGGGUGGACGCUACUCUCCGAAGGGGAAAAAUACACUGGGACCCAACGGCAUCGUCUGGUUCACCUGGAAGGACUCUGAUUAUUACUCCCUGCGUAAGGUGACCAUGAUGAUCCGACCACGCACCUUCCGACCGCGCCUAUCCCCCUAA